CAGUUAUACCUAAGCCUUCGAUCUUGAGACACUGCUCUAAAAUAUAUUGUUCAUUAUUAGAAAUUAUGACCGCGGUAAUUUUUCUCUGUGCAGUUCUUGGAGUUCUGUCGCAAGGGGUUCAUUUAUCUGAAGCAGAAGGGAUUAAUGCAAGACAUGUUACACAAACAAAACUUUUUGGCGAUGACAUUAAGGCAUGGGUUACUCCUUAUGAGGGAUUUUUAGCAACGGAAAAUACUCCUGUGUAUGGUUUAGUAGAAAAGCCAAAAAAUUCUGUAAACGACACUGGAUAUCAAAUUAUUGAGCAUAAAGACGCUAUGAAAAAUGUUAUUGCAUACUUGCGUGAAAGCAAACCUGAUGCAAUUACUAAACCCAGUAAUAAACCUCCCAGCGUUAACCAAGCGACGAACACUGUAGUUGAAAACGCAAUUCCUGAAGAACCUACUCGACCCAAAACUAUGCAAGAACUAAACCGGGAAAUGAUGGAAAUGCUCAAGAAAGAUAAUCCAAGAUUAAAUCCGAUACUUGCAACGAUUCCGAGAACAACACCAAAACCUUUUGUACCAUAUCCCAGUAUAGUAUAUCCUGAGAUUCUCGUAAUUGUUGACAAUGCGUUAUUCAAAACAUUGGGUAGCAAUGUCCGUGAUAUUGUAGCCCAUAUUCUAGCAUUUUGGAACGGCGUAGACUUUUUAUAUCGAAAUCUCGAGAGUCCAAAAUUUCGAUUCAAUGUUGAAGCUAUUCUCAUAAUUGAGGCCCCAGAGGGUUUCACAAGAUUAGAAUACGCACCAAAUAAAAUAGAUGCUAAUCAAAUACCGUAUACAAUUGGCGAAUGGUUGUACCAUUACCAAAGUGCAUUUCCAAUUGACAGUUACGAUGUUGCUGUUUUAAUGACAUCCAAUGACUUGAUUUCACGAACAAAUGAAAAAAAACUUGGAGGUAUAGCAUAUUCAACAGGGGCAUGUAAAACUUUACACGAAUCAAAACUCGUUGCCAAGACAACAGCUGUUACAGAAACUGGUGAUUUUCACGGUAUUCGUAAUAUGGCUCAUGAACUAGGACAUUCGUUUGGUAUUGCAAACCAUGAUGGCGAAGGUGACAAUAAGGGAUGCCCAAUGACAGAUGGUACUAUCAUGGGACCUACCACCGGAAACGUUGGACCUAAGUACUAUGAAUGGUCACAGUGCAGCUUGAAUGAUUUAACUCAAUCAUUUAUUGAUGGUAAUCUUCUCUGUUUGUAUAACGAAAUUUAUGAGGAAGGUGCCGCAGUUCCAAGAUUAUUACCUGGAAAAAUAGCCGACUUAGAUAAACAGUGUGAUGUCAGAGAAGCGAAGACAACUUCUGUCGUUAACGAAAAUAAUUGCAAAGAAUACAUUUGUCGGACAGAAGAAAAAAGUGAUGGCACUUAUGAGCAAACUACAUGGCCAGUAGGGCCUGCUGAUGGCUCCAGUUGUGGUCAAGGUAAAAUGUGUCUUCUUGGAAAUUGCGUGCAAGAAAAUCUCAUAAAUGACUCAGGUGCUUGAAAUUUUCAGCACAAAAUACACGAUAAUAUGGACGAAAUUAAAAAAUUGUAAA